GACUCUGUCAAGUCAAGAGGGAAAGUGACAGAGAUGCUUCAUUGUGUUAUGAUGUAGUUUAAUGGUGGGUUCACUUUAUGGUUCAGUGAUGAAUUUAACCGACGGUUGUUUCUUAGGGUUAUGAAAUAUGAAUUAGAAAUAUGAGAAAUUACAGUUUUCUAUUUUUUUUCCUCGUCUUUUUUCCCCUUUUUGGUCCUCAAUAUUUUCUUCAAGAAAAUUAAAUAAAUCAGGCAUAAUUUCUCUGCUCUGACGACCCUUGCCAAGUCAUUAUGUGAUGAUUUGUAUUGGAGUUUUGGUGAGCAGUUUACAAUUUUCCACAAGUUUGGAAAAUUAUAUUCUUUCAAAAUUUCUCAAGAAAAAGAGAAAGAUGAAGCUUCCGGGCAAUUAUGGAGAAGGAAGACUGAGCUUCAAGGAAAGAUUAAUGGAGAAUUGCAGUUUCCUACUGCUUAACAACAUGAAAAAAGUACUUGAGACUCUCUUGCUGCUGCAUAGAUUUGAAUUUGGCUUUGCUUUCCAUUGCCUAAAAGAUCAAGACGAAAUUGCAGACAUGGAGGUUAGAAUUGCAUCCUCUGUUAGAGAAAAGCUUUCCUGUUUGCUGCUGAAUGAAUCAGUUCCAUUACUGGGACAAGAAGCUCAUCUGGAAUGGAUUGAGAAGCAGCUCCGAGACUCUUUUGAUCUCUCAGGAAAUGUGCUUGACAGAAAGCGCUUAAGAAAUGUCAUGUAUGACAUAGAAGACAUCCUAGAGACCUUGAUGCUGAAAUCAGCACACAGAAGGAGCAGAGGACUUGUCAUGAGGUUUGUUUUCUCUGUCAUUGAUUUGAUAGACAGAUACAAACUGGGAAGAAGAUUAGAGCAGAUUAAGAUCGAGAUCAAAAUCGUGUACCAGAUUAUUUUCCAAUCUGGGUUAUGGUUAAGCACCAUAACUCGGGAGGAGCUGGAUGUUGGGCACACAGUAAUUGAUCCUGUUUUAAGGAAAGUGAAAAGUCUGCUACUUACAGAAGAUCAAAGUAGCCUGCUGUGAGGAAGCAAGCUAGAUGCUGAGAGAUGACUUAAGGUCCAUUCAAGCGUCUUGAAGGAUGUUGAACCAGAGCGAUUGAAGGAAGAAUGGAUGGAGGAACUAUGUGAUGUAUGCCGCUCAACAGAUGAUGUUAUUGGGUGCUUCUUGAGCAGAAGAGAGCAGCUGAGGAGGAAUUGGAGAGGACCCUUCACAACUUUUGUUUUGCCAUUACAUAAUUUCAGCUCGCAAGCCAGACUUCACCAGGACAUGCUGGAGAUCCGAGCUAAGAUUGGAAAGGUCUUUGAAAGAAGACAUAGUGCCGUUAGAAGAGCCUAUCAAGAUUCUCCAUGGACUGUAAGCCAGACUCCGCGAAGAUCAACAGCUUCAUUUGUGCCUGAGGAACCAGCUCUUGAGGGAUUUGAGGAUGAUGUUGAUGCAAUUAUGGAGGUGUUACUCAAAGACGAUGCACGAAGCCAAUCUAUUUCGAUUGUAGGUGCUGCAGGUAUUGGUAAAACAUGCCUUGCAAAGCUAAUAUAUCACCAUCAUGCUACUGCAGCCAAUUUCCCUUUCCGUGCUUGGGUACCUUAUGACCCUUUCAUGACCUUAGAAGACAUCGUAGAAAAAGUAACAAGUGUCAAACUUUGGAAACAAAAGAGGAUUGUGAGGUGGGGUAGGUAUGACCGCAGGACGGGAGAGAUGUUAAGUACUUUCUUGAUGGAGAAGAAAUCACUUAUCAUUUUUGAUGAAGCAAGUUCUGAUGAUUGUAAACGAUCAUCUCAUCUUAGAGAAAGUCUCCGGGAUGAACUAAUAAGGAUAUUCGAUGAAACAUCAAAUGGUAGCAGGAUAAUUUUCACUUCUCGCCAAAUAAAGGAAACCUCGGAAGAUGUCCCUGAGAGGAACCACGUAUACAGGCUGCAUCUUCGAACAGAUGAUGAGAGCUGGGCAUUGUUUAUUCAUACUUUGAAGGUUAACAUGUCCACCGAGCUGCUAGGACUUAAAGGGGAAGUAGUUAGAAAAUGUGGAGGUCUGCCGCUGGCCAUAGUGAGUUUAGGACAUCUGCUUUCACAUGCUGAUGCAACUGUACAGUCAUGGUCAAGGGCACUUGACGAGUUCAUUCUAGAUGACAGACCCUGGUCACAGAUCUUGCACAAGCUCGACAGGAAUCUUCCAUUGUACCUAAGGCGAUUACUCUUUUAUUUCGGGUUAUUCCCACAAGAUUUUGAGGUCCCAGCAAGAAGAUUGAUUGUGCUGUGGGUUGCAGAAGGACUGGUGCCUCAAAAGAGUGAGUAUCAACCUCUUGAGUAUUUCUCUGAGAGAUGCUUAAUGGAAUUAGUCAACCGAAAUAUGGUUCAAGUGUCAAAAAAGAAGCUUAAUGGAAAAGUUAAAGCCUGUCGCCUACCACAUGCUCUGCGAGUCCACUGGUUAUCCAAAGCUAAGGAAGCUAACUUUCUUCACACGAGGACUAAUGUUAAUCCCUUGCAACCUGUGGGCAUUAUACGACGUCUUGCUGAUCAUCUUGAUCACAGUGAUCCCAGCUUUGCUCAUAUCCACGGCACCCGCCACACUACUUCUCUUCAUUCUUACAGAGAUACCAUCUCAUUCUUAUCAUUCGAUACCAGACAAGGAAGCAAGCCUGGCGAAGACAUAGGGAAUUUCCUUGACCGAUGCAUUUCUAGUAUGAACUUCCAUUAUUUGCAUGUGUUGGACCUAGAAAAUGUCUUCAAGCCAAAACUUCCAAAGGCAAUUGGUAAACUUCUUCUCCUAAGGUACCUAGGCUUGAGAUGGACCUGCUUAGAGAUGCUUCCUUCCUUCAUCAACAAAUUACUAAGCCUCCAAACUCUUGAUCUUAAACAUACAUGCAUCAAUAUGAUUCCUACUUCCAUCUGGAACAUGAAGCAGCUGCGACAUUUAUUCUUGAACGAGACUCAUCGAGGCAAAUUUGUUCCUCGUCCAAGGGGCCAACCCUCGUCCAAUCUCCAAACCCUAUGUGGUGUAUUUGUCGAUGAGGAGAGUCCAGUUACCAAUGGCCUGGACACAUUGAUCAACCUUAGAAAAUUGGGAUUGUCAAGCAGGUUAACAUCCUCUCAGCAAGAGCCAAUGUUAUCACAGUUGGAUGCUGUUGCAAAUUGGGUAUCAAAACUAAGAUAUCUUCAGUAUCUGAGACUGAAAUCAUUUGAUGAAUUCAAUCAACCAUGGAAUAUUCAUGUUGAGUGUUUGUCAAGGCACAACAACCUCUCCACCAUAUAUCUACUCGGUGAGUUGAAGCAUCAACAAGUUAUAUCAAAAUUCCCACCAAGCCUUGUUGAGAUCACCUUAUCAGCAUCAGGACUAAUGCAAGAUCCAAUGCAAGCAUUGGCUCAGCUUCCCAAUCUUGAAAUUCUAAGACUGCUCUCCAACUCCUACUUGGGAAAGAGAAUGAUUUGCUCUGCAAAUGGAUUCAAAAAGCUUCGAGUGCUCAAAUUCUGGAAGCUGGAGGUGCUGGAGGAAUUUGUUGUUGAGGAAGGAGGAUUGGCUGUGCUUAAAGAUUUGGAAAUAAGAUGCUGUCAAAAUCUUAAGAUGCUUCCUGAUGCACUGCAGUACGUAGAAACUCUCCGUGAACUCAAAUUGCAAGACAUGCCAGCCGAGUUCACUUUUAGGAUAGCAGAUCAUCUGAGUCAGGAUUGGUAUAAGAUUGCUCAUAUUCGCCACGUCUACAUAGAAAAUCAAUAAAACUUGGCAGAACUGAGACAUUAUGUUGCAGUGAGAAAUGUGCUGGAAUCAAUCAAGAACAAGCUAAUAAAAUUAUACAAGGCAUAGUCUGUGGACUUGUUCCAUUUUUCUCUCAAUCUACCUUCUCACCCUUCUUCCCCUUUCAAUCUAAAUGUUUUAUUUUCUCCUUUACUGGUUUCACGUCCAAGAUCCCGGAUAACAAAGAUAUGGGGGUAAAUGUAACUUUGUCCAAUGUUCUUGUGUUCUUCAUAAUAUGCUCUUGAUUCUUGGGUAUGACAUAGAAUGAAGUACAAAAAUAUUGCGUUAAUUUUCUAUAAUCAUUUG